GAUACCGUCUCAAAGUAUCAGGCUGAAAUAAAAACCGGAAAAAAAAAGAAGAAAAAUAAUAAAAUUUCCAUAAAAUUAUUUUUAUUCUUCGUCCUCUUUCCCUCCUCUUCUUUACCGAUAGAUAUUAUUCUUGACGGAGUAGGAGCCAUUCAUGUUCCCUCUUUGAUCAUCAAACACGGAGGCGAGCGCUAAUCGUGAUUUCAUGAAUGGUUCAGUCUCCGGCGGCGGUCGCCAAAGCCAAACGCCUCCUCUCUCCUUUCGAGUCCCUUCUUCGUCAAUGCAAGGAAAGCCGGUCCCUUAGGAAGACCGAGCGAGUCCAUGCCCGCGUCAUCACAUCAGGCAUACUGUCCGCCCCAGACGCCGCCCGCCUCCGCUCACAUCUCACCGCAGCUUAUGCCCUCUGCGGCCACGCGCCCAUCGCUCGCAAACUGUUCGGUGAGUUGCCAGACAGAAGCUCGUUCCUCCUCAAUGCGGUUAUCCGGUCAUAUCUGCUGCAGGGUCUUUACCUCGACGCGCUCAACUUGUUUGCUGGCAUGCUCCCGUCCGAUCAGUGUCGCCCAGAUAAAUUUACAUACACGCUCGCGUUUAAAGCUUGCGGUGAGUUGUCUUUUCUUGACACGGGUUUCGUUUUCCAUGGGAAGUUAUUCGCAGUCGGGCUUGAUUCGGACGCAUAUAUCCAGAACUCUCUGCUGGCUAUGUAUAUGAACUGCAGGGAACCAGAUGCAGCGGAAAAGGUGUUCAAUCAAAUGCUGGAACGAACAGUUGUCUCGUGGAAUACCAUGAUUACUGGGUAUUUCAAGAAUGCCUGUGCCGAUCAGUCUGUGAGGGCUUUUAAGCUCAUGGUGGAUGCAGGUUUUGAACCUGAUAGUGCCACUGCAGUUUCGGUGUUGCCAGCUUGCGGGUAUUUGAAGGAGCUGGAUCUGGGAAGAUUUGUUCAUAAAUUAGUGGAAGAAAAGGGUCUUGGGAGGAACAUUUCAGUGAGUAAUGCAUUAGUUGAUAUGUAUGCAAAGUGUGGCAAGAUGAACGAGGCAUGGUCUAUCAUUGAGAGGAUGGGCGAAAGAGAUGUCGUCACGUGGACUACUGUGAUUAAUGGGUGCAUUUUGAACGAUGAUGUGGGCAGAGCUUUAGAAAUGUGUCACCUGAUGCGUUUUGAUGGAGUGAAACCAAACUCCGUAACAGUUGCUUCCCUACUUUCUGCCUGUGCGCGGUUGUCUGUUCUCAGGCAUGGAAGGUGUUUACAUGGUUGGUCAGUGAGGCAAAAUCUUGAAUCUAAUGUCAUGAUAGAGACAGCACUUAUUGACAUGUAUGCAAAAUGUAAGCGUGUGGAUCUCAGUUUUCGAGUUCUUGAGAAAACUUCAAAGAACAGAACGGUACCAUGGAACGCCAUCAUCUCUGGUCUUGUCCAUAAUGGUCUUGCAGAAGAAGCUAUCAAGACAUUUAAAGAAAUGCUAGAGCAAGAAGUUGAACGGAACCAUGGUACCUUGAAUGGUCUCCUUCCUGCAUAUGCAAUCCUAGCAGAUUUCCAGCAAGCGAUGAACAUGCACUCUUACCUUACAAGAACUGGCUUGGUAUUGCAAGUUGAAAUCACGACGGGCCUGAUUGAUGUUUACUCAAAGAGUGGUGGUCUUGAGUCUGCUCACAAGCUAUUUAAUGGAAUCCCCAACAGGGAGAAAGAUAUAAUAGUAUGGAGUGCUAUAAUUGCUGGAUAUGGAAUGCAUGGACAAGGAGAGACAGCCGUUUCGCUAUUUAAUGCGAUGGCCGAAUCAGGAGUGGAACCAAAUGAAGUUACUUUCACUUCUGUACUGCAUGCCUGCAGUCAUUCAGGUUUAGUGGAUGAGGGUUUAAGCCUGUUCCGAGCCAUGCUUCAGCAUCAUGGAAGAAGACUAAAGCAAGACCAUUACACAUGCAUUGUUGAUCUUCUUGGUCGAGCUGGUCGUCUCAAAGAAGCUUAUGAUUUGGUUAUGGAGAUGCCCUAUGAGCCUAGUCAUGCUGUUUGGGGUGCAUUACUCGGUGCAUGUGUGAUACAUGAGAAUGUUGAUUUGGGAGGGGUGGCUGCAAAGAAGCUGUUUGAACUUGAGCCUGAGAACACAGGAAACUAUGUAUUGCUGGCGAAGAUUUAUUCUGCAACGGGAAGGUGGAAAGAUGCUGAGAACACGAGGAAUAUAAUGAAGCAAAUAGGUUUAAGAAAAACACCAGCACACAGUCUGAUAUAAAACUAAAUUUAGAUAAGAUAUUGUAGUUUAUUGGAGACAGUGAGAUGGAAUCUUCGAACAGCAGAUCAAAGAAAGUUGGAAACUAGAAAAAAUUCAAAACUUUCCCCUACCCUUAUAGCAAAAGUCUCUUAGAUACUCUUGCAUGGUAUAAGACUGAUGUAGUAGAAAGUCGGAUGUCCGUGGGCUAAAUGCGGACGAGAUGAACUUAUUUGAUGUUUUCAUAUGAUGGAAGACUGAUGUAGCAUAAUGUUAACGUUAUUUGCUGAAAUACAGAAAUUCAUUUUCUCCCGACGUUGCUAUGUACUGAUAUUUCAUCUGAUUGUGGAGGCUCCAGUGCUUGGUACCGUGCGUUCCCAUUAUUAGGCUCAUUGAGGGGCACUGAUGAGUGAUGUUACAUUCAGAGGAUGAAUCAGAGCUCCAAUCUGACAAUGGUGGGUCAUAGGCAAUACAGGCUCCAAGAUUAGCUGCUUAUAUAUCUUUCACCCAUUGAUACAAGCUGUAUGAUCUCCUACAAAUGGCCAACCUACUAGAGUGAUUUCCAAGGUACUGCCUUUAUGUUGGGUUGUAGUUGUUCUCUCAUUACAGCUACAGUCUUUCUUCCUUUCCUCUCAGUAAUAUAGUUAAGAAUACAAAACCUAGGAUUCGUGUCAGGAUUCUCAGUAAAAGAUAUAUUAUGUAGGACAGAAACAUAGGCAGCAAAUAAGUGACAAGUGCCUAUUACAGCUUGGAAUGCUUGAUGUUGCACUGCAGAAAGAAAUUGGUUUGAUCGCUCUAGCAUCUUGUGGUUUCGGAUAAAUACAGUCCUAACAUGUUCUCUUUCUGGGGCAUGGACAAGUUGUUAUGAUUGCUGGGUUGCUCUGGAGAAUCGGUUUUAUACGAGCUGUUCCUUAACCGUUUCACUUUUAUUCCAGUUUGCACUUUUGACCUUAUCUCUAGAAAUCUCAUCAUCUCCUUUUUUUGGUCUUUCACCAGGCGAUGCUUCCUUGUCAUUCAGGUAAUGGAUUCUCCAUUUCAUUAGAAAAGAAAAGGAGGAAGUUAUGCUUCUACUGAAAUGCUUUUUCUGUUGUCAAUAUAUGCUAUAUGGAACACACACACACACACACACAUAUAUGUAUAUUAUAUACUCCUGAAAAGAGAUUCCUUGUCAUGAAGAAAAGAUCAUUAUCUCCUAUAGAAUAUUGUCGGCAUGCAGCACGCGAGCCUUUUUUCAGAUGUGCUGCGGAAUCUGAUGGAUAAGCUCGAGGUCAUUGGAAGUUCUCGUAUUCACUUGCAUCAGUUGGCAGUUCUAUUUACUCUAAGAGCCCCUAAUCUAUCGAAGUCUUGCGAGUAGGCCGACCAGACCUCCCAAAAGACUGAGAAAUUGUAACUGGGAAGAUCCGUUAAGUCGACGAUGACAAGAUACUCACUUGGAAUAAUUGCGGUGGUUUGAGCAUCUAACAACCCAAUUUGGUUAACUCUGGUCUCUUUCAAAGUAGGAGGAGGAGUUAUUCGUGCGCUUGGGAGAAUUCAUGUAAUCUGUCGUCUGUCGGAUCCGACAGAUAUUUUGCCCUUCGGUUUUGCCAAAUUGUGAAAUGCUUUAAUCGCAUGAUUAUUGACAAGCUGUAUUUAUGGAAGCUGACAUUGAAGGGGGGAAA